CGUCACUGAAUGAGGAUGAGACAAAAACAAAACUGCUACGUAGCAUCCGAUGAACAGCGACGCCUUCUCAGAAUCGUCCAGAAUUGUACGAGUUUCCUCGGUAAACUCCAGAGAUCAGAAUCACCAACACACAGCUGUAUCUCCAUGAUGGGUGAUCAGUCUAUGAAUCCUCCUCUGAACUUUAAAAAUGGAGACUCAUCACUUCUACACAGUAAACUCCAGAGAAAGAGAUCAGAAUCACCAACACACAGCUGUAUCUCCAUGAAGAGUGAUGGGUCUAUGGAUGUUCCUAUGAACUUUAAAGAUGGAGACUCAUCACUUCUACACAGUAAACUCCAGAGAAAGAGAUCAGAAUCACCAACACACAGCUGUAUCUCCAUGAAGAGUGAUGGGUCUAUGGAUGUUCCUAUGAACUUUAAAGAUGGAGACUCAUCACUUCUACACAGUAAACUCCAGGGAAAGAGAUCAGAAUCACCAACACACAGUUGUAGCUCCAUGAAGAGUCAUGAGUCUAUGGAUCAUCAUCUGGAGGUUAAAGCUGUAGACUCCUCACUUCUACACAGGUACGACCCAGAAUCUGCUGGUGGAAAUGAAUUCCAGAAAAAGUUCAAAUUAAAUCUGAUGAAGAAGUUUCAGUGUUUGAAUGGAGUGAUAAUAAACCUGGGAACCCAAACACUCCUGAAUGAGAUCUACACAGAGCUCUACAUCACAGAGGGAGACAGUGGAGAAGUCAAUAAUGAACAUGAGGUGAGACAGAUCGAGGCAGCAUCCAGGAGAAGAACAACAGAGGAAACACCAAUCAAAUGCAAUGACAUCUUUAAGCCUUUAUCUGAACAAGACAAACCCAUCAGAACUGUGCUGACAAAGGGAGUCGCUGGCAUCGGAAAAACAGUCUCUGUGCAGAAGUUCAUUCUGGACUGGGCUGAAGGGAAAGUAAAUCAGGACGUCCACCUCAUAUUUCCACUUCCUUUCAGAGAGCUGAACUUGAUGAUGGACCAGAAACUGAGUCUGAUGGAGCUCCUUCAUGUGUUUUUUAAGGAAACAAAAGAAACAGAAAUGUCCAGUUUGGAAAAGGUUCUGUUCAUUUUUGACGGAUUGGACGAGUGUCGUGUUCCUCUAGAUUUCCAGAACGCAGUGAGAGUGUGUGAUGUAACUGAAUCAGCAUUAGUGCCUGUGCUGCUGAUAAACCUGAUCAAAGGGAAUCUGCUUCCCUCUGCUCUCAUCUGGAUCACCUCCAGACCUGCAGCAGCUGAUCAAAUCCCCUCUGAGUGUGUGGAUCGAGUCACAGAGGUACGAGGGUUCAAUGACCCACAGAAGGAGGAGUACUUCAGGAAGAGGAUCAGUGAUCAGAGCCUGGCCAAUAACAUCAUCACACACCUGAAGUCAUUAAGGAGCCUCUACAUCAUGUGUCACAUCCCAGUCUUCUGCUGGAUCUCAGCCACUGUUCUAGAGAGAAUGUUGGGUGAAGCAGAGAGUGGAGAGAUCCCCAAGACUCUGACUCAAAUGUACACACACUUCCUCAUCAUUCAGACAAACAUCAUAAGAGAAAAAUACUCAAAGAAGCAGGAGAGUGAUGAAGAAAUGCUUCUUAAACUGGGACAACUGGCUUUUCAGCAGCUGAUGAAAGGGAACCUGAUCUUCUAUGAUGAAGACCUGAGAGAGUGUGGUAUUGAUGUGAGAGAAGCAGCAGUGUACUCAGGUGUGUGUACUCAGAUCUUCAGAGAGGAGUUUGGGCUUCACCACAGUAAAGUGUACUGCUUUGUUCAUCUGAGCAUUCAGGAGCAUCUCGCAGCUCUGUAUGUGCGCCUGACCUUCAUGAAGGAGAAGAGAAAUGUUCUUAUAAGGAAUCAGGAUUCUAACAGGAGGAUGAAAGACAAUACAAUCUCAGAUGUACACAAGAUUGCUGUAGAUCAGACUGUAGAAAGUCAGACUGGACAUCUGGAUCUUUUCCUUCGCUUUCUUCUGGGUCUCUCACUGGAGUCCAAUCAGAAACUCUUACAUGUUUUAGUAACACAGACAGGAAGUAACCCUCAGAGCACAGAGGAAACAGUUCAGUACAUUAAGAGGAUGAUCACUACAAAUCUUCCUCCAGAGAAAUCCAUCAAUCUGUUCCACUGUCUGAAUGAACUGGGUGAUGAUUCUCUAGUGGAGGAAAUCCAACACUUCCUGAAAUCUGGAAAACAAAGUGAACUUUCUUCUUCACAGGUGUCUGCUCUGGUGUUUGUGUUACUGACAUCAGCACAGGAGCUGGAUGAGUUUGACCAGAGUAAAUAUUUCAGUACAGAUAUGAUAACAGAAGAUGUUGUUCUGAAGAUGAUGCCUGUGAUUACAGCAUCCAGUAAAGCAAUUAUCAGCUGUGAUUCACUUGGAGUAAAAGGUUGGUCAUCUCUGGUCUCAGCGCUCAGAUCAGAAACCUCCAAACUGAGAGAACUUCAUCUGACUGUGAAAACACUGGAACUGUAUGGGAAUAAUCUAGGAGACUCAGGAGUGAAGAAUCUCUCUGCUGUACUGGAGAAUCCUCACUGUAAAGUGGAGACACUGAGGCUGCGUGAGUGUGUUGUCUCAGAUGAAGACUAUGCUGCUCUGACUUCAGCUCUGAGAUCAAACCCCUCACACCUGAGAGAACUGGAUCUGUCCUGUAAUAAUCUAGGAGACUCAGGAGUGAAGAUUCUCUCUGCUGUACUGGAGAAUCCUCACUGUAAACUGGAGAAACUGAGGUUGCGUGGUUGUGGUAUCUCAGAUGAAGGCUGUGCUGCUCUGACUUCAGCUCUGAGAUCAAACCUCUCACACCUGAGAGACCUGGAUCUGUCAUUAAAUAAUCUAGGAGACUCAGGAGUGAAGAAUCUCUCUGCUGUACUGGAGAAUGGACUGGAGACACUGAGGUUGUGGAAGUGUGGUGUCUCAGAUGAAGGCUGUGCUGCUCUGACUUCAGCUCUGAGAUCAAACCCCUCACACCUGAGAGAACUGAAUCUGUCUGAGAAUAAACUAGGAGCCUCAGUAAAGAAGCUGCUCUCUGAUCUUAAGGAUGAUAAACAUUACAAACUACAGACACUGUGGGUCUAAUGAAUAUCUGUGUGUGAUGAAGACUCCAGUGAAGACUCCAGUGUUCCUGCAUUACCAUGAUGGAGAAUAGAGAACAUGUUUAUUAAGACAUCACUCAUUUAGUUCUAACACAUUAAACAGACAGAGACGUGAGAAGUGUGUGUUCAUCGUGUACAGUAAAUCAGACUAAACACAAUUCUACACUGAGUUUAUAAUGACCUCUGAUCCCUGGAUAAAAUUCCCUGGACAUCAAUCCAUAAAAACCUGAAAGGUUAGUUGGAACAGCAGGUGAAAACCCACAUGAACUCGAGCUGAACCCUGUUCAUUUUACUGUUUGUGUGAUUUAUUAUUUGUUUAUUAUUGUAAUAUAACUUACACUAUUUACACAUGUAUACUUAUAGCUAUAUUACUGGAUACAUAACUAAAAUUAUAUUGUAUAAAGGCACUUACAUCACUUAAAAUUAUAUUGUAUAAAGGCACU